UUCCGUAUUUCUAAAAACUGUUAAGCGUUACGAAUAACGAAAUAAUGUCUAACAUACGCGGCGUCUCGCCCUAUUCCGAAGCAAUGUCUGAUACUCUAGAGAGAAAUAGAGGGGAGAAGGCGCUUCUCACGAAAACGCCAUCUCAAAGUCAAGUGUUUUUACAUAAAACGAAUAGUGUUAAAAAUUACUCCGAUAAGAAUGGAAACGAUGUUACGAAAGCCUUGCAUAAAGGAAGAAGGACUUUUGCGUUUUGGACCCUCGUCUGCCUGUUGUUUGUGUUGGCUAUUGGAAAUUUGGUGUUAACAUUUACGAUACUCGCAGUCUUGCGACUUGGUCAAGGUCUGGAAAGCAUGGAAUUCCUUCCAGAGCACAAUGCAAUGAAAUUAUUCGGCUCAGCAAACCUAGACCAUGUGUACAAGAGAGAUGGUCUGAUAGAGAGCUUCCGAGACACACCUAUGUCCUUAACGAGUGAAAAUGGAUCAGUGCUGUUUAAUUUACAGACAAGGUUGUCCCGAGCGGAGACAAAGCUGGCGGUGAACUCGUCUGGCGUGUUCGUACGCGGAGUCAGUUCCCUGGAGCUGACGGAUCCUGACUCCGGCGAGCAAGUGUUCAGUACGGCAAGCGCGGCGCUCACGCUCGGCAACUCUCUCAACAACCUGAACGCUAAGCAAGUGUCAACCAAACGUAUAUCAUCCCCGGUAGACGAAGACCUUACCUUCAGAUCGGAGGCGUCAGCCCACCUACGAGGCGCCGAAGGCACCCACAUGGAGUCCAAGGAGCUGUUCUGGAAAGCCGACCAGGAUAUCUACCUGAAGUCCAUAAACGGGUCCGUGGUGCUGAGCGGUAAAGAGGGGGUGUUUAUAGAUGUUAGAUAUCUACCCAUCGCUUUACCCCUAAAUAAGACAGAAAAGUUUCAUGGUACGGGGCAGUUUAAAGUGUGCGUUUGUAUGCCCCAAGGCAAACUGUUCCGUAUCGCUGUGCCCAACGGUCAAAAGGUCACGUGUUCACACGUUAAUAUGACAGAUGAUAUGAAUCCAUGCGCGUAAACAUUACGUUAUAUUUAUUACGGAUUUAAACCGGUUGUAACUGAAAUUAUCCGGAAAAUGUUGGUUAAUAACCGGUUUAUUUUAAUGUACUGUGUUUAACCGGUUAUGAGAUUGAACAAACCGGUAUGCUAUAGGUUACCGUUCUAAUUGAGAAAAAGAUUUCAUAACGUUUAAUAAACAUUAAUUAAGCUAUUUAUGCAAGACGCGCUAGUCACUUUAACAAAUGCCUUACCUGUUAGUUAACCUUUAUUUAUUUAUUUAUUCAUAAGACACACCAAAAAAUUAUUAUAACAACAUUCAUAAAAGAAUAAAUUUUGUGAUACUUCGCUGCUACACUGCGAAGAACGAAUAAUGGUAUAAAUUAUACAACAUCUUUUUGAAUAGAUUUGUGUCGAUUCUUAUAAAACAAAAUGUUUAAAUAGAAAAAGCUUCGUAUUAGGAAUAACAACUAUUUAGGUAUCUAUAAUAUGAUGACACUUUUGCCUAAAUUAAAAAAAGCAAGCAAUUAAAAAAAAAUGUUGUGCAUGGAAUAACUAAUGGCGAUCUAAACGUUUCAGCUUCAGAUUACUCGUACUUUUAAUAAUAAAUCACAAAAAGAACUGUAAUUGAAGUUUAUACAACCGGUUCAUUUCUAUCGAUUGAGUGCAAUUAUUUAAGAACCGGUUUCUCUGUUUAUCCGGUUUCACUGUUUAACCGGUUAAAAACGAAACUGGAACUUUAACCGAAAUAACUCCACUACCGCGGUAAAUGACCCAAACCGGUAUGAAUUUUUUUUCGGUUUCUGAGCCCUGGUUUUUGUUGAUUUAAGAACGCUGUAUCAAACCGCUCUUUAACCGGUUUCUUGUACAUGUACACAAUGUCUAAGAAACUUUGAACUGUUUUCCUCUCAUGUGAAUUUAUCGAUGAUUUGAAUUCUUGCGGGGAAACAGUAUUCUAUAAUAGGAAAUUGUGGUAGCUAAAUCCGUUUUAGGGUAUAAACCGGUUUUGACCGGUAUUUAUGUAGGUUUGGUUGUCUUAAGAAGGCUCUAUCAAACCGCUCUUUAACCGGUUUCUUGCACGUGUCGUCAAGAAGAUCCGAGACACUGGGCAAUUUAAAGUGGGUUUGUAUGUUCUACAUGUAAUUUUUUCGUAUAUUAUCUGUGACCAACGGUUAAAAGGUCACGUGUUCACAUCAUCUGUCAUAUAAACUAUGACAGAGGAUUUGAAUCCUUGCGCGUAAAUUUACUAUGAAAUUGUGUAAUCUGAAUCCAUUGAUCGGUUAAACCGGUUUGAAUCGAUAUUUUUGUAGAUAUAAUUGUAUUUGGAACGCUACUUACGCUAGUUUUUAACCGGUAUAAAUAACAAUUAUGUAUAUGCAGGUUUGGUAGUUUGAGAAACACUGUAUCAAACUGUUCUUUAACCGGUUUAUUGCACGUGUAAACACACGCAUUUAAAUAAACUUAUUAACCGUACCUUUUAGGCGUAGUGAUAAAGAUUUCUUCUUUAGGUUCAGUAAAUUUAUAGUCGUAAUAAUUAGUGAUUACAUUACGAUUGUUAAAAAACUACUGCCAUUAUAUUCUAAGGACAAAGGUAAUGAAGUUUGUUUUAUUAUUAAACGACUUCAAAAAAGGUGGUAUUUUUGAAGU